GCUCCUAUUGCCUUUUUGGACUUUGUAGGCUUCAGUGCAAGACCCUAGCUUCUAGCAGACACUAGUCGAAAAUGAGUUGGGAGAACAACGAGGAAAUCAACAUUUUCAGGGAGUACUUGCGAAUUCCCACAGUGCAUCCUGAUGUGGAUUACACCUCUUGUGUGGAGUUCCUUAAACGUCAGGCCAAGUCCUUGAAUCUCCCUGUAGAAGUAGUUUAUCCUGCCGAGAAGAAACCAGUGGUGAUCAUCACAUGGCUGGGCAGCCAACCGGAACUAUCGUCAAUCAUACUGAACUCCCACACGGAUGUGGUACCCGUAUUUCCCGAAAAAUGGACCCACGAGCCCUUCAGCGCGGACAUUGAUUCCGAGGGCAGGAUCUUUGCCAGAGGCACCCAGGACAUGAAAUCCGUGGGAACCCAAUAUCUGGGAGCCAUCCGCCGCCUGCUGGCUAGUGGUUUUAAGCCCAAAAGAACGGUUUACGUAACAUUUGUUCCGGAUGAAGAGACUGGGGGAGUUUUGGGAAUGAAGGAGUUUGUGAAGACAGACUUCUACAAGCAAAUGAACGUGGGUUUCAGCUUGGAUGAAGGAGCCACUAGUGAAUCUGAUGUUCAUCACUUGUUCUUUGCUGAACGUCUGAGAUGGGCUCUCAGAUUAAAGUUCACUGGAACCUCAGGACAUGGUUCCCUUUUGCUUCCGAACACGGCCGGCGUCAAACUAAGCUAUGUGAUAAACAAGCUCACAGAGUUCCGCAACUCCCAGGUGGAAGCCUUGGAAAAGGACUCCACUCUCAGCAAGGGUGAUGUGACCACCGUGAACCUCACUCAGCUGAGCGGUGGAGUCCAGAGCAAUGUGGUUCCCCCCCACUUCGAGGCGAUCUUUGACAUGCGUUUGGCCAUCACCCUGGACUUGGUGGUCUUUGAGAAGCAAAUCCGAGACUGGUGCGAUGAAGCUGGAGGUGGCAUUGAAGUGGACUUCUUCACGAAAGAGCCCUACAUCGGGGCCACCAAGUUGGAUGCCUCGAAUCCCUAUUGGUUGGCUCUAAAAGCGUCCUUCGAUGAACUAGGUCUGAAGGUGCAUCCCAUUGUGUGUCCUGGCGCCACAGACAGUCGAUACAUUCGCCAAAAGGGAACACCAGCCAUUGGAUUCUCCCCAAUCAUAAACACCACUAUGCGGAUCCACGACCAUGAUGAGUUUAUUUCGGCCGACGUAUACUUGAGAGGCAUUGAAGUGUACCAAAAUAUAAUUAGCAAACUUUCUCAAGUCUGAAAAAUCAGACCCUAAGCUAGUUAGGAACUAAGACCAUUUAGUUCCUAACGGAAUGAAGAAUGAAUCAAAGUAAUCUUAUCAAAAAAUAAAUUACACCCAUUAGCCCACAUCGUAAAAAUCUUACGCCUUGGCGCAAUCAAUAUGCUUGAUUUU